AUGGAUCAUCGAUAUACUGACCCAAAUUUGAGUAUGCGUAGUUUCAUCAAAGAAACACUUGGUGCACAAGGGUCCGCCAGAAAGGGAAGUCACAUGAGUAGUGAUCAUUCAGAUGUCCGUCGCAGUACCCGGAUAAAAAUACCCACUGAUAAGGGUUUUGAAUAUGCAAUGGAAAUUAAUAGAAAGAAACUGAAGUCACUGUGCACGCAGCUGCAUGCCAUGACAGACCAAAUACUGGGUCAAAUGGAAACACCCACAGAUGUAAACGUUGUGAGAAAAAAAUAUACAGCGUGGAUGGAAGUAUAUGAAGAAUUUCUGGAUACCCAUGAUGCAUAUGUCAAAUACCUGUCCGGCCAAGAGCAGUGGGAAUUUCAGUCAAGUUGGUUUGAAAAGCAUGAAAGGGCGUUUCAUAGCUUUAACCAUAAAGUGAGUGACUGGAUUAGUAAACAAGAUUCUCAAUCAAGGAAGACACACGGAAUAAGUCCAGAAGACAGCGUUUCCAGUGUUGGUACUUAUACACGAAAUAGAUUAGGAAGAUAUCAAAGUAGUGUAGCCUCUUCUCGAUCCAGUUCACUAUCUGCUGCUAGAUUGAAGGAAGAACAGCGUAAAGCAGAACUGUUGGCUAGGGUUGCUGCAUUAGACCAGUGCAAGAAACUGGAGAUUGAAAGAAUUCAACAAGAGGAAGCAAAAAUAGCUUUAAAGUUGCGAGAGGAAAAAUUAGCCUUGGAAACAGAGAUGGCCAUCGCAGAGGCAAAGACCAAAGUUCUCGAUAAAUUUGAAUUAAGUGGAUAUGAUCAGCAGAGUAGAGACUAUAUACCAUACAGACAUCAAGUGAUAAAACAAGAACAAUAUGAUUCAAGAUGUCAAGAUAAUGUUUGCAUUGAUGAACAGCCUGCCAAAGAUUGGAAACAUGAUGAGUCACAACCAGUUGUGAAGGCACCAGCACUGGAUAGAGGUGAGUUCAUUUCAUGUGACAGGCGUGUUGAUGAGCGCAGCGCGAAUUCUAUGCAUUAUGCGCGGGGUGAUAGUGUGCACAAUAAUUGCGGCCCUGGCUUUGCGGGCAGUGUGCAUGACAUGCGCCGCGUGGGUGGUCUUCGGAGUGAUUCUGAUUCCGGUUCCCUUGUCUCUAAUCACAAAUCAUCUGAUGAAGUCAUUUUGGCAGUUGUGCGGGAAUUAAAGAAACCCCAAUCCGACAUCAACAAAUUUAGUGGUAACCCUAUGCAAUAUAGAAAGUUUAUGCGUCAGUUCACUUCCAGAGUUGUAGCUAACACAAGUAACGCAGAGGAGCUGAUGAAUUAUUUAGAAUUAUACACAGUGGGAGAAGCAAAUAAGAUUGUAACUGGGUAUGGUAAUCUGAGUCCAGAACAGGGAUAUCCAGCUGCCCGCAGGGAACUGGAAGAAAGGUAUGGUGAUAAUGAGGUGAUUGCCAACUCAUAUGUGGAAGAAGCUUUACGCUGGCCAAGCAUAAAGGCUCAUGAUGUGAAGGCAUUGGAUGCGUUUUCCAUUUUUCUACAAGAAUGCGAAUAUGCUGUUAAAAGUAUUGAUGCAGUGAAAAUAAUACAAUUUCCCCAAAACAUGGCAAGUCUAGUUAAGAAGUUACCAUCCAGUCUGCAGGAGAAGUGGAGAGGUGUUGUGCAAGGCAUUAAAGAAAGGGGUGAUAUUGUUGAGUUUGGAGUCCUUGUAAAGUUCAUUAAGAAAGAAGCCAAAAAGGUAAAUGACCCUAUAUAUGGCAAAGAUGCACUCAGGACUGACCAUGAAGAGGGCAAAAACAAGGACGGCAACCAAAGACGACAACAAUCUAGAGCAUCUAAGGCAAGUUUUGCUACGGUUACAGAUGCACAACAAAAUACUCAGAAACAAGACCCAAAGGAAACUUCUUGUUAUAAAGAGAAUGAGAAGAGUGCUACUGAUGUUCAGCAAGCAAGGAAGCCUCAAGACAAGCCAUGUAUAUAUUGUGAUGGUACAAGUCAUGCUAUGGAAGCCUGUCGCCUGUUGGCAGCACAAUCACAUGAUGACAGAAUCAGUUUCCUGAAGUCCAAGGGACUCUGCUUUGGAUGUCUCAAAAUAGGUCACCAGAAGAAGUACUGUCGGUUUAAAGAGACGUGUGUACAUUGCAAAAGACUGCAUCCCACACUUUUACAUAUUAAAGAAAAAGAUAAAUCUCAGAAUGGUGAUAGACGAAAUGGUGGUAACUCAAAGGUUGAGCCUGGACCUGUGAGUGCCUGGGCAAGUAUGGCUUCAAAGGAACAGUGUUAUAUGGGGGCCGGAGAUGGUGAAUGUACCAUGACAAUUGUUCCUGUGAAAAUACGAGUUAAGCAUAGUAGCCGGGCAAUUGAAACUUACGCAUUUCUCGACCCUGGGAGCAGCAUCAAUUUCUGUACUGAAAGUUUAGUAAGGAAACUUGGUUUGAGCGGAAGAAAAGUGAAGAUUACACUUGCCACUAUGGGAGUACCACAUGCCAUGAACACCUAUAUUGUUCAUGGUCUUGAAGUGUGUGAUCUCCAAUGUAAAAAUGCUAUUGAUCUUCCAAAGGUUUACACAAAGGAUAAGAUGCCAGUGUCUCGACAUUACAUUCCAACCCAGGAUGAUAUUUCUCAUUGGUCCCAUCUUCAGGGAGUUCAUGUCCCCCAGAUUAACGCUGAUGUGGGUUUGUUGAUUGGGAAUGCGAUACCAGAUGCAUACACGCCUCUGGAAAUAGUCACCGGCCCACAAGGUAGUCCUCAUGCCUCCAGAACUCGUCUUGGGUGGACUUUGUGGAAUGUAGUUCGCGGUGAAGAUAACAGAGAGCAAGGUAGCUACACAGUUAACAGAGCUGAUAUUAUUGCUGUACAGGAAUCAGAAGAGCUGAAGCAGUUGGACCUUAUGGUAAGAAGCUCUAUCAAUUUUGAUUUUCCUGAGCGUGCAGUUGACGACAAGAGGGAGCCCUCCCAGGAAGACAAGAUGUUCACAAUGAAAGUGAAUGAAUCCAUCAGUCAUGUUAAUGGACAUUAUCAGAUAAGUUUACCGUUUCGAGAUGAUGAUGUGAAGCUGCCAAACAACAAAGAAUAUGCUACCAAACGACUUAAAGGUAUUGAGAAGAAGUUGAGAAAGUAUCCUGAAUUCUACAUGGAUUACACAGCCUUCAUGGAAAGUAUUAUUAGUAAAGGAUAUGCAGUGAAAGUUCAUGAAGAUAAACUUGGUAGAAGUGAUGGUAAAGUUUGGUAUGUUCCUCAUCACGGUGUUUACCACCCACGAAAACCAGGGAAGAUACGUGUUGUUUUUGACUGUGCAGCCAGGUUCCAGGGAACAGCAUUGAAUGAUCAUCUGUUACAAGGGCCAGAUUUAACAAACAACUUACUUGGUGUGUUGCUACGCUUCAGACAAGAGCCCGUCGCUUUGAUGGCUGACAUUGAAGCAAUGUUUCAUCAGGUAUGGAUCCCAAAAGGUGACUGUGACUGUCUGCGGUUUUUGUGGUGGCCUAAUGGUGACUUAGACAGACAACCGGAAGUAUAUGCCAUGACAGUUCAUUUGUUUGGGGCGGUAUCUUCCCCCAGCUGUGCCAAUACUGCACUUCAAAGAACCGCUGAAGACAACAAAAACUUCUUUGGUGCAGAUGUCGUGAAUACAGUCCUCAGAAACUUCUAUGUUGAUGACUGUUUAAAGUCUGUAGAAUCUGAAACUAAGGCUAUAAGUUUGGUACAUGACCUGAGAGAUCUGUGUCAACGAGGUGGGUUUAACCUAACAAAAUGGAUGAGUAACAGUCGCGUUGUCUUAGAAUCGAUUCAGACUGAAGAGCGUUCUAAGGAAGUUAAGCAACUUAACCUCGACUAUGAUGAUCUUCCUGUUGAGCGUGCUUUAGGGGUGUUUUGGUUGGUUGAACCAGACAUGCUUGGCUUCAAAAUUAUUGUGCAAGACCGACCAACCACUAGGAGGGGAAUAUUGUCCAUCGUCAGUUCCAUCUAUGAUCCUCUCGGCCUUGUGUCACCAUUUAUACUCCCAGCAAGAAUACUUUUACAAAGCUUGUGGCAGCAAGGCAGUGGAUGGGAUAGGCCUAUUGAAGGGGCUGGUCUUCAGGUGUGGCAUAAAUGGCUGUCUGGCUUGCCAAAAUUGGAGUCAUUCUCAGUUGCGAGGUGUUAUAAACCUAAACAUUUUGGCGAAGUACUUUCAUGUCAAGUACAUAAUUUCAGUGAUGCCAGUGAACAAGGAUAUGGGAUGGUAUCGUAUCUGCGUCUGGUCAAUAAGAGAGGAGAAAUUCAUUGCUCCAUACUUCUGGGAAAAUCUAGGGUUGCACCCCUUAAAAAGGUGACGAUACCCCGCAUGGAACUGACUGCAGCAACGCUUUCAGUACGAAUGAAUGACAAACUGAAGAGAGAGUUGGAUUACAACAUUGACAAGUCCUAUUUUUGGACAGAUAGCAUGUCAGUGCUGAGAUACAUCACUAAUGAGACUACACGCUUCCAUACGUUUGUCUCUAACCGUGUGUCUACAAUUCGUGAGGGAUCAGAAGUGUCUCAGUGGAGGUACAUAAAUACGAAAUUAAACCCAGCAGAUGAUGCUUCAAGGGGUUUGAUAAUAACUGACUUCAUAAAAUGCAAGAGAUGGGUUACUGGUCCUGAUUUUCUGUGGUCUCCAGAAUCGGAAUGGCCAGAGAAUCAAGUAGUCUUAGAGAGGAUUCAUGAUGAGGAUCCUGAAGUGAAAAAGCUCUCAAAUGUUGUUCUGAUAGAUGAGCAAUCUAGCUUCAUGAGUAGUCUCAUUUCUCGUUUUUCAAGCUGGAUGUCACUGAAGCGGACAGUUGGAUGGAUCUUAACUGGUAAGAGAAAUUUACAACAUUGGGCCAAUCUGCGAAAACAAGUGCGAGAAAGUAUCUCUGCAGAUGUAGAUCCUAAAAAACAAGAGCAGCUUGUUGAUGACAAGAUGAGAAAAAUGAGGUCCAGAGUAAACCUCAAGUCUGCAUCUCUUGAUAUCGACACACUACAAGAGGCAGAAAGAUGCAUUGUGACUUAUGUACAAAGAAGUCACUUCCAAGAUGAGUUGGAUAUACUUCUCAAAGGUCUUCAUAGUAAGACUAGAAUGACUGUUAAGCAGACAAGCCGUGUCUAUAAACUUGAUCCAAUUCUGGAAGAUGGUCUUAUCAGAGUUGGUGGACGCCUGCAUCGUGCAGCACUGUCAGAUGAUGAGAAGCAUCCAAUUAUUAUACCUAAGGAUUCUCCUGUAGCAAAUCUAAUUUUGCAAGACGUACACAAAACUGUUGGGCACCUAGGAAGGAAUUCGAUGUUAGCUAAGCUAAGGCAACACUUUUGGAUCCUUUGUGCAAAUACAAUCAUUCGGAGAAUUAUCUCGAAAUGUGUUAUAUGCCGCAGAUAUCGAGCCAAAGCUGGUGAGCAAAAGAUGGCAAGUUUGCCUGUGGACCGUUUAACACCAGAUGAACCCCCUUUCACACGUAGUGGUGUGGAUUAUUUUGGACCUAUAUUAGUUAAACGUGCUCGGAGUGUUAUCAAGAGAUACGGUGUUGUUUUCACGUGCUUGGCUACCAGAGCUAUACACUUAGAAGUGGCUCAUUCGCUUACUACUGACUCAUGCAUUAAUGCAUUGCGCAGAUUCAUGGCACGAAGAGGUCAGGUCAAGAUUGUGCGGUCGGAUAAUGGAACAAAUUUGGUUGGAGCCAAUCAUGAGUUACGUGAUGAAAUAAAUAGGUGGAACCAUAGUAGAAUCUCUGGAACAUUACAACAAAGCAAUAUUAGAUGGGAGUUUAACCCUCCAGCUGGGUCCCAUUUCGGUGGAGUGUGGGAGCGACAAGUCAGAACGGUGCGGAAGGUUCUCUUUGGAUUGUUGAAAGAACAAGUCAUUCACUUGGAUGACGAGGGUCUUGCUACACUGUUCUGUGAAGUGGAAAACAUUAUAAAUAGUCGGCCAAUAACACAGCUUUCAGAUGACCCGAAUGACUUAGAACCACUUACGCCAAAUCAUUUGCUACUUCUUCAGUCCAAUCAGAGUUUACCACCAGGAGUGUUCCAAAGUCAUGAUAAUUAUGUACGUCGUAGGUGGCGCCAGAUCCAAUAUCUCGCAGACAUGUUUUGGAAACGGUGGUUAAGAGAGUAUCUACCAAUGCUUCAAGAGCGCCAGAAGUGGUUAAAACCUCGGAGAAACCUGGCAGUAGAUGAUAUAGUUCUGGUGGUAGACAACUCAUCACCAAGGAACUCCUGGCCGAUGGGAAGAGUUAUUGAAGUUAUGAGGGACCGCAAUGACUUGGUCAGAGUAGCCAAAGUGAAAACAAGCUCAAAUGUCCUUGAACGUCCUAUUGACAAGUUGUGCAUAAUUUUGGAAGCUGAUGUUGUCUGUGGUGGUACUUGA